CAUCUUUCUGGGGGAUGUCUAUCCAAAACCCGUUUUUUCGAGGGGAAAGUCUAUGCGGGGCCGGGGAAAGCCUAUACUUCAAUCUCCAUUGAGUGUACAUAUGUAGUAAUUUGUAGUAAUUUAUUUUUUCCAUGUUGUAGGUAAUGCUUGUUCUUCGAUUUUAUGCUUCGGGGAGUUUUCUUGAGGUAAUUGGGAACACGAUGGGUGUAGACAAAGGCACGGUAAGCAGAGCUGUCACCAAUGUCACCGAAGCUCUCCUGUCUAAAAAAGACCAGUUUCUGCGGUGGCCUACACAAGAUGAUAUGAUGAAGUCGAAGAGAGCCUUUUUUAUGCGUGGAGGAUUCCCAGGGGUAAUUGGAUGUGUCGAUGGUACUCACAUAAGGAUACAAGAUCCAACUCUAGACGAACUAACUUACGUCAACAGAAAAGGGUGGCACUCAAUCAAUGUGCAAGCUAUAUGUGACCAUGAAGGAAAAUUCAUUAACAUUGAGGCUCAAUGGCCAGGAAGUACACAUGAUAGUCACAUCUUCCGAAUGUCCGAUGUCAGUUUGUAUCUCGAGAGCCACAAUCGAAGCGUUGAUGAUGGAAUUCUAUUGGGCGACAGUGGUUAUGCAGCAUGCUCUCGGUAUCUGUUAACACCAUACCUGCACCCUGCAACACCCUCCCAAGAAGCAUUCAACUCGGCCCAUUGUAAGACCCGUAGCACCAUUGAAAGAGUUUUUGGUUGGUGGAAGAGAUUUCAUGUUUUGCAUGGUGAAAUAAGAAUGAAGCCGGGUAAGGUUUGUAGAGUCAUUGGAGCCUGUGCCAUAUUGCAUAACAUAGCACUUCUGUUAAAGGAGGAUAUGGAGGGCGAUGACCAACAAGACGGAAAUGGAGUAGGCCAUAUCAAUUACAAUGGACCCGAGGACGGAAGAGUUUUGAGGAAUUUCAUCACCACAACAUAUUUCUAAUUUCAAGUUGAAUAUGUGCCAUGGGGUUUAACAACAAGAAUAACUCUUGGUGCAGGUUACGAUUUCAGUUAUUUUAUUCCAACGUAUGGUGUCUCCAUUUAUA